AAUUUAUUUUUUGUUCAUUCUUUCUUUUACAAAUUUUAAUUUGAUUAAUAAUUCUUUCACGUUAGCGCGCGACGGUUUGUUUUGUUGUGAGAUGGUUUAUUGAAAAGAUUUUUUUUUUCGUUUUCGUUUAAUAUUUCAGUUUUAAAAACAUAUUUCGCUUGUGUUUAUUGAACAAUUUUUUAUUUUAUUAUUUUCCAUAAUCUGAAAUUAAUAACGAUUAUUAAAUCUAUAAAUAUAUAUACGCCACUCAGACAAUGAAACGGUGGAUAUUUGCGUAUUAAUAUCUGAAAAAGGCGAUGCAACAUUGAAAUUUUAAACAUUUCCACCGAUGCACUUUAUUAAUUGUGUUAAUAUUCAGCAAAUUUUUAUGAUAAAAACAUGUAAAUAAAACAGAAUUAAAAAAUCGUUCUGUUCAUUAAACAUCAACCAAAAUAAGUAAAAAAUGAAAUAAAAUGUGAAUCGAAUCCAAAACAUGAAAAAACUUUAUAAACUGUGCUGCACAAACAGAUGAUAGACGUUUCAGAAACAUCUAGACAAUUUUUUUUUUCCAAACAGUUUAAAAGAGAAACGUAUACACUGCAAACGAUACGAAACCAAUUUUUAUAAAUAAAAAAAGAAAAUAACAAAAAAUGUGUUUUCGAUUUAUGUACGCCAUUGAAAUUGUGAUAUCGAUAGCAAUUGUAGCUCGAUUAGCCGAAGCUAAUCAACAUCCACCGCCGUGCUGUGGACAACAAAACAUUUUGAAGGAUCGUUCGUGCAACUACAACGGCCUCAAGGGCCAAAUUUUAUUGGACUGUGAAAAUGGAAAAUACCUAUUGGACCCGAGUGACAAUAAGCUCGAUACAUACCACAUUUUGGAAAAUGGAUAUUUACAGAUGAACUCAAGCAGUCCGCCUGUACCAAUUGACGCAUAUUGUAUCACAAAUUACCUGGGAAAUGGAAGCAAUGAGACGAGAGAAGUUGCGCUGGUAUGCUUUGGUCAGCAUGUCAAAACCGCACCAAUUAUGUUUAUGGUGAAAGGGACAAUGGCAUUGAUUUCGGUUUUCUUUUUACUACUCACGCUGUACGUUUACUGGAUAAUACCAGAUCUACGAGAAACGCAAGACAAAGUCACCUGUGUAACACUCAUUUGUUUGAUGAUAUUUAUGCUGGUGCUUGGAAUUAUUCAAAUAGCAGAGCCAGAAAAAUUGACACAGUCUUUCGUCUGUCAACCAUUCGCAUACAUAAUUUACUACUUUUCGGUUGCAUAUUUCACAUGGCUCAACUUGAUAAUGUUAAAUGUGUGGAAAAAUAGCGUCAUACCGAAAUGGAAUAUCGUCGAAAAACAUUGGUAUAGAUUGAACCACGUCUACGGCUGGUGUGUACCGACAAUUCUGACAAUAACGGUUUACAUAACAUCAAUUCUAGAAGGAGGAUAUGACCCUGGUUUCGGUGAGAAAUCAUGCUGGUUUGAAGAAAAACAGGAAACAUGGACAUUCCUCUAUGCUCCAAUAUCGAUAAUGCUGAUAAUAAAUAUAAUUUUGUUCGCUUGGUCCGCUUAUGGGAUACAUUCACAUGGUAAUGAUGUGAGUCCCGAUAAACGAAGAGCUUUGAUAUACAAAUUCACGUUGUAUUUCAAAUUAUUCAUUUUGGCCGGAUUUACAUGGAUCUUUGAGGUUCUGUCGUAUCAUUUUCAGAAAGACUUUGAUAUUUCUUAUUGGUUCAUCACAGACAUAUUGAAUGCAUUGCACGGUGUGCUGAUAUUCUGUGUAUUGGUGGUGUGGCGCCGGCGAGUACGCAAAGAGCUGGCGAAUCGACGGAUAUUUUGUUUACGAACACCGGCUAGUUGGGCAGAGAAUCGUGAUCCAGAGGAAGAGCAACUGAAUGAUGAAACUAAACACCACUUGACACAUAAAUAAUUCAUGUCGACUAACAGCCGAAUUCAAUAUUCAUCUCUGUACAUAACUAUUUCCUUCACUUUUUUUUCGAAUGAAAACAACGCUUAAAAACAUUGACUCUAUUACUUUUGACUCGGUGUCGCCGGGUGUAUACCACCCCAAACUGAGUGCAUAACAUUUCGAUUAUAAGAUAAAUAAUAGUUGUUAAGAUUUUAAAAACAAUCACCAUAAAAAUUAGUUUAAUGUAGAAUUUAUCUAUACGAAGCAAUUAAACAUUCACGGCAUCAUCAUUCACAUUUUACUAAAUGAAAAUGUUAUAAGUUCAUUAAAGAGUUAACGAAUUUAUAGUUUGUAUAGUCAAAGUGCAUUUAAACAUUUCAAAGUGUUUGUAUUUAGUUAACGUUUCCAUUUCUACUUAAAUUUACUAAGAUGUUGCUACGAGUUAUAAAGCUGGCAAUGAUAUUUUAGAUGUAAAAGGUUUUUUUUUUCGAAUGAAAUGGAAUGAAAUUUGAGACAAAUUCUGUAUUAGGAUGUUUGUCGAUUCUGUAUUUUAAAUUUUAUUCUCUUUGUUGUAUAAA